AUGAUAUUUGAGUAUGUGGAUGCAACUAUUGAGAAAGUAGGUGCUAAGAAUAUUGUGCAAGUUGUUACUGACAACGCUUCAAACAACAUGGCUGUGAAGGACUUGCUAUUUGUGAAGAGACCCAACAAAUUUUGGAGCUUAUGUGCAACACACACCCUCAAUUUGAUGCUCGAAGGAAUUGGAAAGAUGAAGAAGUUCAAGAGCAUAAUUGAUCAAGCAAAGGCAGUGACCAUCUUUAUCUAUGCACACCAUAGAACCUUGUCUUUGAUGAGGAAAUAUACAAAGAAGAGAGAUAUUGUGAGGCCUGGUGCAACAAGAUUUGCUUCCUCUUUCCUCACAUUACAAAGCUUGUAUGAGAAGAAGGAUCAGCUAAGGAUAAUGUCUCAGUGUCAGUGUGAUGAAUGGGAGAAAUUAUGUGGUUUGACCCACAUGAAGAAAAACAGUAAAGUUGUUUUGUCCACAGCUACAAUGGUGAAACCUGCUUUUUGGGGUGGGGUUGGUCUUUGCUUGAGGUUGUUUGAGUCAUUAAUUAAAGCACUUCACAUGGUUGACAGUGAUAUCAAGCCAUCAUUGGCCUUUCUUUAUGGUGAUAUUCUGAAGGCAAAGGAGGAAAUAAUGGCAACCAUUGGGAAUGUUGAUAAGGCUGUGAAUCUGAAUCUCUACCUUGGCAUCAUGGAGAUCAUUGAUGAGAAGAUGAAGGGUAGGCUGGACACUCCUUUGCACUUAGCUGCAUAUUUCUUGAAUCCUUAUUUUAGCUUCAAUGAUCCAUCGAUCUUCACAAAUGAGCAUGUCAUGGAUGGGCUGAUCUCUGCUAUUGAAACAUUCUACCAUGGUGGCUAUGACAAGCAAAGUCAAGUGCUCAAUGCGGAGAUGGACAAGUUCAAAGAUACGGAAGGCCACUUUGCAAAAGCUGUGGCAAAGGUUGGCUACAAGGAUUAUAAUUUCAAUCCAGAAACAAAAGGCCAAGAAGAACAACAAAAUGGACCACCUUUAGCAACUGAUGCAACUCAUGCUCAAGGUUGGAUGGUUGAAGGUGGUGAUGAUGAAAUAGAUGUUGAACUUGUUGCGGGUCUGACCCUGAAAUUGACUAAAGAGGCAUGUGGGACUGAGGAGGUUGCAAAGCUUCAUAGGAGCUCAAGGUUGGCUCAAAUGAGAAAUGUUGAUGAAGAUAUCAUUGAGGAACCUGAAGAAGAACCGCUCCAUGAUGAUGAUGAAGAGAUCGAGUUUGAAUCCGACCAAGAGGAUGUUGUGCUAGUUGAUGGAGUUGGUGAGCAGAAGGGGGAGGAGGAUGAUUAG